GUUUAUAUUCAAUCGAAAUAAAGUGAAGUACUUUUUGCACUCCUUCCAAUCAUAAGGAAAAUAAAUAUUUUUUACAGUUCCCUACACGAGUGUGUGUCACCAAAAAUCAUGGAAUUAUCUAUAAAGGCGUUGACGAGUUUAACAUUUGUGUUAAUACUGUUCAUUGGGCAAACUUCAGCGGAAGGUCUACGUUUACCAGAUCAGUCGCCUGGUGCUAAUGCAAAAUCUAACGAGAAUCAAUCGCAACCUUCACAGCAAAUUUUCUUCACACCUCAGCAACAACAACAAUAUCAACAACAGUUUCAGCAGUCACCAGUCGAUCUGGGUGAAGCACGUGGCCGUUCUUCGAUUCUUAGCAUAUUUGGUUUGGGUCAGGACAAUGAUCCUUAUUUGGCACGAAGUAAUUCCAAUUGUUUGAGCGGCGACUUUUCGGAAUGUUUCAAAACGCAAGCCUUAAAUAGUUUCGAUGAGAUAUUCUAUCGCGAACAAUAUCCGUUAACCGAUUUUGCCCGUAUUGUGCGAAUGCCGGAAACCCAGCAGCGGUCAUUGCUGCGUGAACCUUUCGAGUAUUCAGAGGAGCCGCGUAGCGGAGACAGCGACUGGGACCAGAUGGUCAAGUAUGCUUUGCGGAGAGCAGAAAGAUUUAUUAAGUCCACCGCUUUGGAAGUAGAAGUGCCCGAAGAGUACACUGAAGCCGGCCGUUAUCAAGCCCGUUUCAUAGGCAGCGAUAUCGACAGUGAAUUGGAUAUUAUUGAAGACAAACAUGCUCCCAUUAUAAAACGUAAGAAGCUCAAGAAGAUGAUCAUACCGAUGCUGUUGAUCUUGAAAAUCUUCAAAUUGAAAUUAUUAUUAUUUUUACCCUUCAUAUUGGGUAUUGUUGGCUUGAAGAAAAUUCUUGGCUUGGCUGCUAUCGUCUUGCCUGGUCUCUUUGCUUAUUUCAAAUUGUGUCAUCCGGGAAGUGCAACGGGAGGGGGUAUAUUCUCUGGUUUAUUUGGCAAUAAGAAUACAUUUCCUGAAUAUUCUUCGCAAGGCGUGGGUUCGGCUACAUAUUAUCAUCAUCAUGAACAUUUUGAUCGCCCAUCUCACGAUCACCUUUAUCGACCGGAUCCGCAUUUUUCCAAGCCAUACCAUGAUUACUACAAAAAUGGUGCGUCCAGUAAUGCUGUUAGUUUCGGUGAUGCUGCCCAUGAAGCUGCCUACUCCGCCUAUUAUGGCCGAAGUUCUGAUAAAAAAAUCGAAAGUACGCAAAAGACCUAAGAGUUUUGCAUCUUGAGAAAAUUUCAUCUUCAUUUGUUCAAAUUCCCUGCCAUGCUUCACUUAAGCACGAAAAUUAGUUUUAAUUACUUGUAAAUAUUUAUUUAUUGUUUAAGAGACUCUCCUGAAUAGUUUUUUUAAGUUACUUCAUUGCAAUAUUGUGAAAUGUCCAUUCGAUUGGAAAGCAACAUAAAUUUUAAUGCAUUUGGAAUGAGUCUUUCGACUUGUCCGAAAUGUAUAUCUGAAUAAUAUAAGCGAAAUGAAAAGUUAAUGUGAUCUAUAGAAGAAACUUGGAUUGGAUCCAUUACAAUUUGCAAGCAAUGAAAAACUUAGGAAGGAUAUAAGAUCAGAGAAGUAAGCAAAAUAAUGAAAAGUGCUCAAGAAGCAAUUGUAAAGUAAAUCGACUUGUACUUUUUAUCUUCUUACCGCUCUUAAGGCGAACUUUUACGAUACUAAGGGAUUGGAUUAUUAGCGAAAGUAUAUGAAAAUUUUUCGAGCCUUUCUCAAAGUGCGUAGUUGCUAUUUAAUUGCUUUGUGUUUGCGGACAUGUAUGCUGACGAAUCCAUAGUAAAUUCAAACUUGCUUCCUGCAUGCAAACAAGAGUAUGCUCGCAAGGUUAUAUGUUUUCAUCAUUUAAGAAUUGUAUUAGUAGAUGAGGAAGGACUAAUAUUUAUAGACAGCCUGAUUUGGUGAGGUAUUUGUGCUAUAUUUUUACCGAAUAAGAAAAUGGGCAAUGAAGGGCGGAAAGUAUUCAUACAUUUGUCAGUGAAUGUUUUCUAUUUAUUUAUUUUUAUUGUUUCGUCAUAAAGCAACGGCUAUAUAAUCCAUUAUUUCCUCAUUUGAGGCUAUAUACAUAAAAUUGAUUAAUAUUAUGAUAUGACCAGAAAGUUAUUCGAAAAGAUCCUACGAGUUAAGAUUAUUUCAGACAUAGAUAUGUGCGUGUAUGCCUUGGGAUAAUAUAAGUGGCAGCUUUACGAAGGUUGGUGUAUUGCAUUCGCACAUAGGUGUUAUUUAUCGCCGCGAAAUUGCAAGUCUAUGUAACGACAGCUGUGAGUCUCAUUGCUUGUUUCGUUUGUUAUUCGUUCGAAUAACAAGUACAC